AUGGACAGUCACGGUGGCAAGGACACAGCACAGGAGCAAAGCGCCGCUGAAAUGUCGGCGCAAGUCGCGGUCGGUGGCCCCGCGAGCGCCGGCGGGAGGGCGUCACCCUCGGCCGAGAAAGUGCACAAGAAGCACAACAAGAAGCGCACUAAGUCCGCCGACGUGCAACGCGACGGCUGCAAGUCUCCCGAGAGCCUUGGCGAUUCGUCGCCCGGAAGGGGUAAGAAAGCCAAGCGGGAGCCGAAGGCCAAAAGCAACGACCCAGCGCCGCAGCCUAGCCACGACAUGUCGCCGAAGCCUUUGCCGCCUCCUCAGGCUUUUGUUGAAAACCCGGCUGCUCCCUCGGUUGCGGCUGCUCCAUGUGUCCACGGAGCACCUAAACCUGUAGACCACGAUACGCACCCGGCAGCACGCGACGUCCCGGAACUACGCGAGUUUGGCAACAGCCUUCCUAUGAUUGAGCAGAGGAGACCGAACAAGUCCAUCAUUCCGAUGAUCGCGAGCGUGGGGAUCAUCUGCCUCAUGCUGGUCAUCAUCAUCAGUAUGCUUGUGUCGAACCGCCGGCGUGCCAGGGCUGCGGGCACGAACACCGCCACGCCAGCCACCAUGAUUGACGAUGGCGUGGAGAUGACAGCGACAUCGGCCACAAUAACCGUCGUGACUGGGAGUGAAAACGCCACGAGCAGCCACAGUCACGAGACGGUGCCAGAACAGACUUAG